ACCCCACGUGACCGUUGACCCGGAAGCGCUUGGCGCCCACGUGUGCACAAGGGGAGGAAGAUGUCUGCGCCGGCGCUGCGAGUUAACGAGGCCUUCGCGGAGCACUAUGGCCAGUACCGGCGGCAAGAGGAGCUGCGUCGGCUGCAGGCACGCUAUGGAGCAGAUGCCGAGAGCUCCAGCUCCGAGUCAGACUCAAGUGGGGAUGACGUGCAGGACCUGGACCCCCGACAGGACCGGGACUUCUACCGCACCCUGGGGCUACUGAAGACAAAGGACCCGCAGAUCUACCAAGCUGAUGCCACCUUCUACAGCCAGGAAGAAUCUUCCUCAGAGAGUGAGGAAGAGGUGCCGCAGAAGAGGAAACAGAAACCGAUGUAUCUCAAGGACUACGAGCGGAAGGUCAUCCUGGAGAAGGAAGGCAAAUACGAGGAUGAAGAGGACGAAAAACACGAGGAGGCCACAGCCCAGAGGAGGAAGAAAGCUGCCUCCAAGACCUACAUGGAGGAGCAGCAGGAAAUCAAGCAGAGCUUCCGGCCCUUUGUGGCUGACAGUGAGGAGGAGGAAGAGGAUGAGGGCAGCUCGGCCCUGCUGCGCCACCGCCCACAAACCACUGAGGAGAAGGCCCGUGAGGAGAACGACUACAUCACCUGGCUGAAGGGACAGACAGACACCCCAGACCAGCAUCUCCAGGACCUGGCCCCACUGAAGGCCUUCUGGAGUGACCCGGCACUGGAGCCUGGGGAGCGGUUCUUGCGGGAUUAUAUCCUCAACCAGCGCUACAAUGAGGAGGAUGAAGAAGAUGGGGAGGAAGAGGAAGGCCAGGGUCCCGGUCCCCCCCUAGGGCUGGGCCUGGCUGACUCAUCGGAUGAGGGGGAACUGUUCCUGCAGCGGCAGGAUGACUUUGAGCGCCGCCACAACUUCCGCUUUGAGGAGCCUGACAGCCAGCAGGUGCGUACAUACCCCCGGACCAUUGCAACCUCAGUGCGCAGGAAGGAUGAACGGCGCAAGGAGAAAAGGGAGCUGCGGCAGGAGAGGAAGAAGAAGGAGCGGGCACAGCGACAGGAGGAGCUCAAGCGCCUGAAGCGGCUGCGGCAGCAGGAGGUGGCGGCCCGGCUGGCACAGCUGCAGGAGGCAGCGGGUGGGGCCCCUGUCCCCUUUCAUCCUGCCCACCUUGAGGGUGACUUCGACUCUGCCCAGCAUGACCAGCUGAUGGAGGCAUUCUUUGGGGCAGAGUUCUAUGGGGUUGCUGAGGAGAAGCCACAGUUUGAGGAGGAAGAUGGGGUGGAUGAUGCCUGGAACUGGGAUGACUGGGCUGGUGUGGGGGGGAGCAAGGGGCCAGGAGGAGGCAGCAGCGAGCCCCACUGCGAGGACCCCAACUUUAAUAUGGAUGCUGACUAUGACCCCUGCACAGCCACCCCCACCCCGCACUUGCAGCAGGCUCCACUAAUGGGCAAGCAAAGAAGGAAGAGCCGAUUGGCCAAGGCUUUGGAGCGGGACAAGCCGACCUUUGACCCCAGGGCUGGCACCUUCGAGCAGUAUCUGGAUGAGUAUUACAGGCUGGACUAUGAGGACUUGAUCGGGGACCUGCCCUGUCGCUUCAAGUACCGCAGUGUUAUGCCCUGCGAUUUCGGCCUCACCACUGAGGAGGUCCUGGCCGCGGAUGACAAGGAGCUGAACCGCUGGUGCUCCCUACGCAAGACUUGCAUGUACCGGUCGGAGAAGGAGGAACUGCAGGAUCAGGCUGCCUACAGCCUCAAAGCCCAAGACCCCCGCAGGAAGCAGCAGAUUCUGUCCUCUCUCUCAGCCAGGCAGGAAGAGGCACCACAGUUGGCAUCUAUGCUAUGUCCCAAUCUGGGGAAGAAACGCCAGGAUAAGCUGCACCCCCCAGUAGUGCCAGGGGCUGAGAUGAGACCCAGGGAAGAGGAGGAUGAUGCUGAGGCUGUGAUGGGGCUUCAGAUGCCUGUGGCUACCAACUCCAGUACAGCUGAGCUAAAGGUCAACAAGAGGCGACAUGGGAGUCGACGGGGGUUCCGGUGGGGCCCUGUACGCUUGGGCAGGCACCAGUUCAGUGGCCAGCGCCUGCAAGCUUUUGGCCUCAACCCUCGGCGCCUCCGCUACCGCCAGUUGCUGCGGGACAAGAGAAAGGGGAAGAAGCCUGGAUGCCCAGGUCCUGCUGCCAAGGCCUAAUCUCUCCGUGUGUGUGUGUGUAUAGGGCAUUGCUUAAAUCCUGGAAGAUGGAGGGGGGUACAUUCAGCCAGACUGGGACUGUGGUAUGGUCCCUUCUUCCUGCAUUUUGCUGAUGGCAGUGGCUCAGACACAUGGGUCCCUCUCCAGCCAGCAGCAGCAGUACUGACCUCUACUGGGGACAGGGCUAUGGUUUCUUUAAUAAAAGCCUCAGGCGUUUCACUGCA